GCAGUUUUGGUGGGAUCCAAUCCCCCAAGUCGCCUGGGACUGAAGCUUUUGGUGAACAAUCCGGUUCAUAGUUUACAUAACAGCAGCGUUCCUUCAAAACACAGCAAUAUUCUUUCCCUCCAAACGCACUUUGCUUCCCAUCUCUCUCUCCCAAUGACUUCUCACCCUCCCAUCCCACCAAACAUCUCUCCAACCAAUAACAACAAUAUGAAGAAGAAGAAGGAGAGACCCAGGACAAUGCUCUCAGCAAAGAAGAAGAAUAUCAGAAACCCUAGCUAGGGCAUUUGCAGAAGAGUAAAGAGAUUGGGUUACCUCUUUCUCUUUGCAUAUCAGAGAUCAGGAAAGUUAGGUGGAGGAAGGAUGAUGGAGUCAGGGGCUCCGUUGUGUGGUGCCUGUGGUGCACCAGUGGGGAUGGAUUCGAAGGGAUCGGUGUUUAUGGGCUGCCAUGAAUGCAAUUACCCCAUAUGCAGGGCUUGCUAUGACUAUGAAUUGAAGGAAGGUGGAAGAAGCUGCCUCAGAUGUGGCGCCCCCUACAUUCAUUCCUCUGAGGACCCAGCCAAGGAAGGCAAUGGCAAAGUUGCAGGCAGAAGAGUAACAAUGGGAGCUCAUCUCCAGGAUUCACAGGAAGUUGGACUUAUCACAAUGCCUUCAAAUAAUCACUCCGCAGCAGAGACUGAAUCAAAUGGGGAAGUUGGAAAUCCAAUCUGGAAGAACAGAGUAGAGAGCUGGAAAGAGAAGAAAAACAAGAAGAAGAAGCCUGCCAAUAAGGAAGGAAAAGAAGUCCAAAUUCCAUCUCAGCAACAAAUGGAAGAGAACCAGGUUUCCGAAGCUGCAGAGCCACUCUCGAGAGUGAUACUGAUUCCUUCAAGCAAGAUCACACCAUAUAGAGUGGUGAUCAUUAUGAGGCUGAUAAUUCUGGGUCUUUUCUUCCAUUACAGAAUAACCAAUCCAGUGGAUAGUGCUUAUGGACUCUGGUUGACUUCCAUUAUUUGUGAGAUCUGGUUCGCCAUGUCAUGGGUGCUUGACCAGUUCCCCAAGUGGUAUCCUAUCAAUAGGGAGACAUAUCUUGAUCGUUUGUCCAUGAGGUAUGAGAGAGAGGGUGAGGCAUCUGGACUAGCAUCUGUAGAUUUCUUUGUGAGUACAGUCGAUCCCCUCAAGGAGCCGCCCCUAGUCACCGCGAACACUGUGCUCUCAAUCCUUGCAGUGGACUACCCUGUUGAUAAGGUCUCCUGCUAUGUCUCUGAUGAUGGUGCUGCUAUGCUGACAUUUGAGUCUCUCUCUGAAACUGCUGAGUUUUCGAGGAAGUGGGUCCCUUUUUGCCAAAAGUUCUCAAUCGAGCCCCGGGCUCCUGAGUUCUACUUCUCUCAAAAGAUUGAUUACUUGAAGGACAAGGUGCAGCCUUCAUUUGUCAAGGAGCGCCGAGCCAUGAAAAGAGAGUACGAAGAGUUUAAGGUCAGGAUAAAUGCUUUGGUAGCCAAGGCUCAGAAAACCCCAGAUGAAGGCUGGACUAUGCAAGAUGGGACAUCUUGGCCAGGAAACAACACUCGUGACCAUCCGGGUAUGAUUCAGGUAUUCCUUGGACAUAGUGGUGCCCAUGACAUUGAAGGAAAUGAGCUUCCACGGUUGGUGUAUGUGUCAAGAGAAAAAAGGCCGGGAUACCAACAUCACAAAAAGGCUGGUGCCAUGAAUGCUUUGGUGAGAGUAUCUGCAGUUCUCACAAAUGCUCCUUACAUUCUCAACCUUGACUGUGAUCACUAUGUCAACAAUAGCAAGGCAGUUCGGGAAGCCAUGUGUUUUAUGAUGGACCCCCAAGUUGGUAGGGAUGUUUGUUAUGUUCAGUUCCCUCAGAGAUUCGAUGGCAUUGAUCGGAGCGAUCGAUAUGCCAAUCGGAACACAGUUUUCUUUGAUGUUAACAUGAAGGGACUUGAUGGUAUUCAAGGACCAGUUUAUGUGGGGACUGGUUGUGUUUUCAAUAGGCAAGCUCUUUAUGGUUAUGGUCCUCCAUCUCUACCUAAAAUUUCCUCUAGGAGCUCUUCAUGUUGCUCUUGGGGUUGCUGCUGCUGUUGUUCUAGUUCAAAGAAACCUUCCAAAGAUCAAAAAGAAAUUUAUCGUGACUCCAGACGGGAGGACCUGGAUGCAGCCAUAUUCAACCUCACAGAAAUUGAUAACUAUGAUGAUUAUGAAAGAUCACUCUUGAUCUCUCAAAUGAGCUUUGAGAAGACGUUUGGUUUGUCAUCUGUAUUCAUUGAGUCUACACUUAUGGAGAAUGGUGGAGUGGCGGAGUCUGCCAAUCCCGCCACGCUAAUUCAGGAGGCUAUUCAUGUCAUCGGCUGUGGAUAUGAAGAGAGAACUGAAUGGGGAAAGGAGAUUGGAUGGAUAUAUGGAUCAGUCACCGAGGAUAUAUUGAGUGGUUUCAAGAUGCACUGUAGGGGAUGGAGAUCGAUUUAUUGUAUGCCUAUAAGACCUGCAUUUAAGGGAUCGGCCCCCAUAAACCUCUCCGAUCGACUACACCAAGUGCUCCGUUGGGCUCUUGGUUCAGUCGAGAUCUUCUUUAGCAGGCAUUGCCCUCUAUGGUAUGGGUUUGGAGGUGGUAGACUAAAAUGGCUCGAAAGGCUAGCCUACAUUAACACUAUCGUUUACCCCUUCACUUCCAUUCCUCUCAUUGCCUAUUGUUCGCUCCCAGCAAUAUGCCUUCUCACUGGGAAAUUCAUCAUUCCCACACUCUCCAACUUAGCAAGCGUGUGGUUCCUUUGCCUCUUCCUCUCCAUCAUCCUAACCAGUGUGCUCGAGCUCAGAUGGAGUGGUGUAGGCAUCGAAGACUUGUGGCGAAACGAGCAAUUUUGGGUCAUCGGCGGUGUCUCUGCCCACCUAUUUGCUGUCUUCCAAGGCAUCUUAAAGAUGGCAGCUGGCUUCGACACCAACUUCACAGUCACUGCAAAGGCCUCAGAUGAUGCCGAAUUUGGAGAACUCUAUGUUUUUAAGUGGACAACUCUUCUCAUUCCACCAACCACUCUUCUUGUUGUGAACUUGGUUGGUGUGGUUGCUGGGUUCUCUGAUGCUUUGAACAGUGGUUAUGAGGCAUGGGGUCCCCUAUUUGGAAAGGUCUUCUUUGCUCUUUGGGUCAUAUUCCACUUGUAUCCUUUCUUGAAGGGGUUGAUGGGGAGACAGAACCGGACCCCAACCAUUGUUGUGCUCUGGUCUGUGCUCUUGGCCUCUGUUUUCUCUCUCUUGUGGGUGAAGAUAGAUCCAUUCUUGAGUGGGAGUGGAGAUGGUUCGGUUUCACAAGGCUGCAUCUCUAUUGACUGUUGAGAUCUUCUUGCGACAGGACAAAAGUUACAGUGGUUUGGUGAGAGAACCAAUGAGAAAUGGACUUCCCUGGAAAAGUAUAGUAAUUCCAAUCUACUUUCUUCUUUGUCUUUACCUCUUGGGUUGGCUUGUGCUAUAUAUGGCUACUACACCCUGUGCUUUUCUCCGGAGGAAAUCAAGUAAAUUCCACUUGAUCUAUUUUUCUUCAUUUUUGUUCUGUGGUUCUUAUUAAUGGCUGGUCAGGUUUGUUACGCUUGUAAAGUAAUCCAUAUUUUAAUUAUAAAAAAUAUGGUGGGAUAUUGAUAAAUGGCCCUAUUUUAAUUGACUGGCAAUUGAGAUUAUUGUAAUGGGUCAAUGGCUUUCAUAUA